AUGAAUGAUAACGUCUAUCGAAAAGACGACAAUGUACGGCUAGCAGCUUCCAUUCUUAACGGGGGAAACACGAAUGGAAAGCAGACUAGUGUAGACAGGCGAUAUGUGGCCAACAACGAGCAGCACCCGAAGCUCUGGUAUCAUGGGAAUAUCACGCGUGAACAUACUGAAAAAAUAUUAUCCGGGCAAGCGGAUGGAACAUUUCUUGUGCGCGAUUCUACCAACUUUCCAGGCGACUACACACUGUGUAUGGCCUUCAAUGGCAAGGUGGAACAUUAUAGGAUAUAUCAAUUAAACGGCAUCCUGACGUGUGACCACGAGGAAACUUUUGAUAAUUUAACACAGUUGAUAGCGCAUUACAAACGAGACGCAGAUGGUCUAUGUCAUCGCCUUAUAACGCCGGUAGUCAGUGAUGAUUAUCGAAUUACUAGAGACAAUGAAUCUUUAGAAGAGCGAAUACGACUCUUUCGUGAAGCUUCAUUAAUUAUUAGUCGAAGUGAAAUACGUCUUGGGGACAUUAUUGGUCAUGGAGAAUUUGGCGAUGUGCUUUUGGGAGACUACGACGGUCAGAGAGUAGCAGUGAAGGUCCUGAAGCGUAGUGAAAUGGUGCAGUCAUUAUUGGACGAAGCAAAAUUUAUGAUUGGCCUGAAACAUGUGAAUUUAGUGGCUUUGCUAGGUGUUGUUAUUGAUGAUGCGAGAGAAAUGUUCAUGAUGACCGAAUACAUGGCUAAUGGAAAUCUUGUAGAUUUCUUGCGUUCACGUGGGCGCCAUCAGGUUGAGAAAAUGCAGUUGACUCAGUUUGCGAUUGAUAUUUGUGAAGGUAUGAAAUUUCUGGAAAUAAAAAAUGUGGUACAUCGUGACUUGGCUGCGAGAAAUGUGUUGCUAGAUGAUGAGCUUACGGCAAAGAUAAGCGACUUCGGACUCGCGAAAGAUGCUAAUGAGUGUCAGUAUGCAGAAAGUGCGCUUAGCAAGUUUCCAAUCAAAUGGACUGCUCCGGAAGCUUUACGAUAUAGUAAGUUUUCAACGAAAAGUGAUGUAUGGUCAUUUGGUGUGCUGCUAUGGGAGAUAUUUUCAUUUGGAAGAGUACCCUAUCCUCGCAUUCCAAUACAAGAUGUUGUGCGGCAUAUCGAAAAGGGAUACAGAAUGGAGCCACCGGAAGGGUGUCCGAUGGAAAUCUCACGUCUAAUGAAUGAAUCCUGGAUGUUGGAGCCAUCCGUCCGUCCCUCUUUCACUGUUAUAUUGCAAAGGCUUAAACUCAUUUAUGCAAAUGUUGUUUCAGUUCUUCACUCAUGA